AUGUCCAGCGCGGAGGAAAGCCCUCCUGAAGCAAAGCCUCUCUCGACAGGAGAGCAGGCACAGCACGAGUCAUACGGUGCGCUGGGUGCCGCAGAUGGCAACCAAGCCACCACCACCUCAUGGGAAGCCGAGUAUGCAAGUCCGUGGGCGAUUUUGUUCAACACCUUGGCACUAGUUGGAUACCAGAUUGUGGCCAUGGCAAUUAUUACUUAUCAGGUGUUCUACAGGCGUCACUAUGUCAUGUCAUGCUUCCAUAACGAACUAUGCACUUGGCAGUUGUGGGCUUGUGAAUAUACAAAAGCCUAUACGAGGUUCUUCCCCCUGAUUGCAAUCCUCAUUUCAAUGAGUUUGGCACGAAGCAUGAUCCUGAUCCAGCGAAUGUAUUACGAGCUGUUGCGGCACGGCGCUGUUCUGCAAUUCAGAGAGUACCAGACAGACAGAGAGCCGGUCUUCUACAUCUUGACGUUCUGUUUUGUUCAGGGUGCCGCGAACUGGGUGUUGGAUGCAUUUACUCCAGGCACUGAUUCGAGGUACUGGACAGAGCCGACACCCUACAUGAGCCCGACAGAGAAGUUGCGGCAAGGGAUGAUGUACUUGGCCUUACCCAUGACAGCCUUUAUUUUGUCCAUUUAUUUCACACAUGAGCCGACCUACUACUUGGUGCCACUGAGCCGGUACCUCCACGCAAGUACCUCAGAGGGAUCUGAGGCGGCGCGUCGAAGCUUAGCCGGCCUGGUUCUGGUGCAUGAGGACUUCAUUGCGCCCGCGGUUAAGCACAUUGAGGUGCCAGUUUCCAGUGAUCCAAAAGAGGCCGAUGGAGCAACCCGUGCUGUUUAUCGGGAGUUGAUCAAGACAGCACAGGACUUGGAAGGUGGAGGAAGUGUCAUGAUGGGGAAGAAGCGCAUGAUCGUCCUGAAGAGCCAGAUAACGGAUCGCUUCUGGCCGGCCAGAUUGCUAUUCAACCUAGAGCUGGCAGACGAAGGCAGUCAGCAGUUCCGGCUCGUGAGCAGAUUCUACGAUUUCGUCUGCAUCUUUGCGGCUGCCGUCUGCGCAUUCAUUUUCAUCCAGCAUGCUGUGUCAGAGUUCUGCGAUAUUCAGCGUGGUGAGAUCGAGGAUAGUGCAGCACUCGUGGUCGAGGAUCGCCCGGUCCGAUUGGCAUACAGCUCCGGCAGCAUCGCCCUGGGCCUCAUGCUUGGCCCCGUGGUCGGCGCGGGCCUGAGCCACGAGGGCUUUUCAGCAGCCGUGCGGGUCUGUGCUGUUCUGAGCCUCGUGAAUUGGCUGUUCGUGUUCAGUUCGCUCGCUGAGUCUGAGAACGUGUUGCUGAGAAGACAGCCGAAGGAAGAGAGCCGUUCUGCGUUGGAGUCUCUUCCAAGGCUUGCCUGGCCACUGUUCUUCGGCGCCUUCCUGGGCAAUGCCGGCAUCGCUGCUGCAGAGUCCUGUGGUGCGCUGUUUGUUAUGGACUCCUAUUUCAGGGGCUCCUCCUCUGCAGCGGCGGAAAGCACCCAAUUCUUUGCUUAUAACAUGAUGAUCUCUGGCGUCCUCGUGAUCAUGAUCACCAACUUUGUGUUCCCGAUGCUGAUGCACACGCUGAGACAGCAGAAGACGAUGUUCUUGGGCGUGUGCCUGCGCAUCGUUGGAUACGCUGGCCUAGGAUUGGCUCCUACCAAGUGGUGCUUCCUCGCUUCGCAGCUGGCGGUCGUUACGGGCGACAGCCUCGCCGCACCAAACCUCUCUGCUCUACUGACGGAGGUUGUCGGCAAAUCUUCCUAUGGCAUCGCCCUGGGUACUUUGUCCACCUUCCAAGCAGCAGCCCGCGUCUUGGACACGCUGCCCUUCGCGACGAUGUACGAGAAAGUUUCUCAUUCAGCACCCUUCUUGACCGUCGCUGUUCUCGCUGUGGCUUCUGGCGCUCUUUGGUUUGUUGUCUACUGGCAGAUGCAGCUGCAAUCUUUCAGAACCACUGCCUUGGGGCAUGCGAUGCCCGCCGAGAUUCCAACUCGCUCAGGGUAUCCGGUGAGCUGCUUGCAGGACUUGGCACCGAUGCCAGCAGAGACGCUCUUGCCGGAUCCUUUUGAGCCAGACGAGGCUCCACACGAGGAUGCAGAGGUGCACGGCGAGGCAGAUGAAGUGGAGGAGUGCUCAAGCGACCAUGGUGGUCUUGCACUCCCGCCCCUGCUACGUGAAAUAAAUGACACAAUUCGUGAAGAUGCCCUCUGUGGAAUGGCGAGCUCCAGUCCCUCUCCGCUGCCGAGAGCUCUUGCGAACCCCGGGCAGUGGUGCUGGUUCAACGCAGUCUUGCAAGCGCUUGCAAGCAUCAACGAUCCGAGGUGGUGGGAAAUCUUGCGAUCCGUUUUGGAUGGAAGUCACGAAGAGAGGGGCGGCUACUGCGAAGGGCCCAAAGACUUCCCGGCUUGCUUGGCCUCGGUGCUUCUGUACAUCAAUCAUGAGAUAGCUCUUGAGCCGGACUGCGCUAACAGCGUGGUCUGCAACCUGGCAAAGGCCAUUGCGGAGGAGUGUGGCUUAAGCUCUGCCUGUGGUGAACAGCAGGAUGCCCACGAGGCCUUGAUCCAAAUCCUCGAGGCACUGCAUGCCGGGCUUCUGAAGCGGCAGCUGAAUGCCAUCCUUCUUCUGCAGAGACCCGCCUGGGAUCCAUUGCAUCCUUGGUUGGUUCGAAGCGCUUCGUGGGCUCGUGCCACCGCCGCCUGCCGCUGGUUUCAAGAGCUCUGGCAGGGGACCUUGGAGGAGAGGCGGGUCUGCAGCGCGUGCGGGCUCGUGAAAGUGGACGUCUGCUCCUCCAGACAGGCCUUUCGUUGCCUGUCUCUAGACAUGCUGCAAGGUGGCCAGCUUUCAUUCUCCAUUGACUUGGCAAGUUUACUGCACCAGUCCUAUGGAGGGAAGGGUGUCGAGGAGAUCGAGGGCUUGGUGUGUAGCCGCUGCUCAGCACGUGCCAGCCGUCAGAGAUGUUUGCAGGAGGCUCUCCGGGGCUCUUUGGUAGCACAGAAGGCGUGCAGGCGUUUGGCGACCUUUGGAGAUGCAAUCCAGGAAGCAGAGCAUCUUAGCCUGCUUUGCCCCGCGGGUUCUCCAGAACCCCUGCUAUGCCGCACCACGCAUUUUCGGUCCUUCAGGAUCCACAAGGCACCUGCGAUUCUGACGCUGCAUCUGCGGCGACUGGUCCAUGGUCCUUGGGGCCUGGUGCGAUUGCCCAACCCUGUGCGGUGUCCAGCUGCCAUGGUACUGGACAAGGCCCUUCACAGCUAUGCCUUGGCUUCCGUGGUCUCGCACUUGGGCACGGCAAACCAAGGGCAUUUCAUCGCUCACCGAGCCUGGCACCCGCGUGCCCAGACUGAGAAAGAAGCCUUGCCAAAAUCUUACCUGCCCCUCGUCACGUCGGGCAAAGUCGAUCUGUGGUGCCCAGUUCUGGCUUCGCUGCGGUUCUUGAGAUCCUGGCGGGCAGGCUGCCUAGUGCGUGAGUCCGAGGUGCAGCGGAGGACCUGGGUGUGUGCUGAUGACGACCGUGUCUUCGAAACAAAACUUUGGCAGGUACUGAGUUUGCCAGCUGCCUACCUGUUUGUUUACGAGCAUUGUGCAAUCCGCGAUGGCUGA